AUGGACAAAAGUUGGAUGGAGAAGCGGAGGGGUACAAGGGAAUAUUUUGAAGGUGUAAACCAAUUCGUGGAAUUUGCUGCUCCAUCCGCGCGCAAUGGGAACAUCUUAUGUCCUUGUGUGAAAUGUGUGAAUUUGCUUAUACAACCGCUAAAUGUGGUACGUGAGCACUGUUGGGCUUCGGGGAUGCUUAAAAAUUACAAAGUUUGGAAAUUUCAUGGUGAAUCGGCGGCUGCUACGCCAGCUACCGAAUGUGGGAGCUCUCAUGUGCAAGAAACCCAAAAUCCAUAUGGUGAUUUCCAUGGGAUGUUGCACGAUUUGUGCCCCCCGCAUGAAAUCCCACCCGAACCAAUGGAAGAAGGUCCAACCGCGCAAUGUCCGGGUGAAGGUCCGAAUGAUGACGCCAAGAAGUUUUACAAGAUGGUAGAUGAUGUAGACAAACCUUUAUAUGAAGGUUGUACAAAAUUUAGCAUUUUCUCAGCCAUUGUCGUGUUGUUCCAGUUGAAGACUCUGUGUGGUUGGACAAAUAAGUCAUUUACUCUGUUGCUUCAAGUCCUGAUGGAUAUGCUUCCUUCAGACGCUAAGUUGCCAAAGGACCAUUAUGAGGCUAAGAAGAUAGUUCGAGAUUUGGGUUUGGGUUAUGAGAAGAUCCAUGCUUGUCCCAAUGAUUGUAUGCUGUUUUGGAAGCAAAAUGUUAACCUCGAGGCGUGUCCUUGUUGUAAAGCUUCAAGGUGGAAAACAAAUGAGGCAUCUGUUGCUAGUAAGCAUGCUUCAUCCAGUAAGGGGAAGAAGAAAGCUGCGAAGAUCCUACGGUGGUUCCCCUUAAAGCCAAGAUUGCAGCGACUAUUUCUGUCACCCGAUCUGGCUAGUUCUAUGAAAUGGCAUGUUAAUGGUCGUACUGAUGAUGGGGUAAUGCGGCAUCCUGCUGACUCAGAUGCAUAG